AUGUGGCAUGACGACCAAAACUCACUCAAAUACUCAAAUCUCUACCUCCCGCCGGUAUCUCAACUCCGAAACUACGUGAUGUCACAGAGUCCCGCCGAUGGAGGAGCCUUCUAUGAAAGACAACACGUCCCGCCGAUGAGUACCAAUACUCAACCAAUCCACUCGAUUGGAGAAAUCUCUACCGGCGAAGAAGAAGAGAACGUCUUCAAUUCGAUCUCUGGCGAGUCGGAAGUGUUGCAAGAGAACCCGGAGGCAUUCAACAAUGUGCUCUUGCACAUGCAAGCAGCUCCAACUGUCUGGACCGGAAAAGAUCCCACGCUCCUUCUGGAACUGAAUCUCCCGCCGUUUCCACAUCAUUAUGAAUGA